CGCAGGCGCCCCUGGGUGCAGCUGAACUUGGACAUGGCAGGCCCCCGGCUGCUGGCAGCGGUCCUCGUCCUGGGUCUGUGUACCCUGGUGGGGGCCGAGAAACCUUCGCCCUGCCAGUGCUCACGGAUGGACCCACAGAACAGGAAGAACUGCGGCUUUCCCGGCAUCACCAGCGACCAGUGCUUCACAGUCGGGUGCUGCUUCGACACCUCUGUCCCGGGAGUCCCCUGGUGCUUCGAGCCCCUCCCGAAGCAAGAGUCAGAGGAGUGUGUCAUGGAGGUCUCAGCCCGCAGGAACUGCGGCUACCCAGGCAUCAGCUCCGAGGAGUGCGCCUCUCGGAAGUGCUGCUUCUCCGACACCAUCCCGGAGGUGCCCUGGUGUUUCUUCCCGCAGACUGUGCAAGACUGUCAUUAUUAAGAGGCAGUGGCUUCAGAGGACCCCCGCGCUCCUGGAUGCCCUGACACAAAACAAGAGCACACCCUGCUGCUCAGUUUCCCACGUCGUGUUUCCUGGCUUCCUGGGUUUUCGUAAUU